AUGGAGGAAAUUUAUGUUGACAUGAAACCUCCCAAAGCUGCCGACCCAAAACGUUCCAGGAAUCAAACAGGUCCGAGGAGUUCUCAGAGGAGUUUUCAUUCAGUUAUUCUCUGUUUGGGGCUGCUGAGUGUUUUCCUGCUGGUUGGACUCAUCGUCCUCGGUGUCCUCUACCGUGACUCGGCUGCAGAUUUAUCCGCCACCAAAGAAAACCUGACCAAAGAACGGGACAGACUUCAAACUUUGUCCAAACAGAAGAAAACAUGUCCUGCCGGAUGGAAGAUGUUCAGUUGUUCCUGUUAUCUCCUCUCAAAUGAGUCUGGUUCCUGGAACAAAAGCAGGGAGGACUGCAGAAGCAAAGGAGCAGAUCUGGUGGUGAUAAACAGUGCUGAAGAACAGACGUUUCUCUCUACGUUCACCAACAAACCAACUUGGAUUGGGUUGAAUGACAUCCAAACAGAAGGGACCUGGAUGUGGGUGGAUGGAACUCCUCUGACUCAGAGCUACUGGAGCACAAACCAGCCUGACAAUGGUGGUGGAAGUGAUCAAUGGGGUGAAGAAGACUGUGCAACUAUCAGAAAUUCUGAAAACACUCUUUGGAAUGAUCUUCCAUGUACAUCGUAUCUGCAGUGGAUCUGUGAAAAGCUACCAUAAUGUUGCUGCAUUAUUUGUUUGAGGAUCAUGUGUAUUUGAAGGUCAGAUAUCUAAAGAAAUAACUGUGAGAACUUCAGGCUUUUAUAUUAAGUAUUUCCAGAACUGCUGUCAUUCACA